CAAAUACUUUGCGCGCAUACUUCGAUGCCCGGUUUUCAGUUCGCAAUCGUACGCCGAUUCGGGCGGAUGUGUACCGCACGGGGCAUCAGAUAAACGCGCAUUGAAAGUGUUUGGCGCGAUCGCGUCCCCGCAGUUGAUCUCUUGUGUUGUGUUGUUGCGGGCGGGUGGUAGCAAGCCGAAGAGAAUUGAAGCGUGAACCGUGUGUUUGUCUUGAGUGUCAAUAUGCCAGCCAUAACGAGGACCGGCAACCGGGCGAACGAGGAACUGCUGAAGGCAACGCGCCGGUCCACCCAAAGGGGCAUCGUAACAUCCCCAACAACGACGACGACCACCAGCAGCAGCAGUAGCAGUGGCCGCAUCACGACGACACUGGUCAAACCGACGCUCCACCAGUCCCGUACGCGCUUCAUGCCGAUCGAGUUUGAUCGCAAUGGUCGUGCCUACCCAAAGCCCGAUCCGCAGCGACCGGCGUACGUGCAGGACUACUACAAGCUGCGCACGGACUGUCUCCGGGCUGGCAAGCUGUUCGAGGAUCCGGAGUUCCCCGCCGACGAUAGUUCGCUUCACUUUUCCUCCUUUGCCGGCCGCCAGUCGCAGUACAAGUGGUUGCGACCGCACGAAAUCAGCCCGGAGGCGGUGUUCGAUGUGGAUGGGUUUUCCCGCUUCGACAUCCAGCAGGGACUGCUGGGGGAUUGUUGGUUGCUGGCGGCGGCCGCUAAUCUUACCACCUUUCCGGUGCUGUUUAGUCGCGUCGUGCCGGAUGAUAACGAUCGUAUCCAGGGCGGUCGGAAGGGGGUGGACUAUGCUGGUAUCUUUCACUUUCGCUUCUGGCGCUUCGGUCAGUGGUACGAUGUGGUGGUGGAUGAUCGACUACCGACGAUACGAGGGCAGUUGGUGUACAUCAAAUCUUCCACGAAGCAUGAGUUCUGGAGCGCCCUGUUGGAGAAGGCGUACGCGAAGCUGUUCGGGUCGUAUGAGGCCCUGUCCGGUGGAUCUGCAAGCGAAGCGAUGGAAGACUUUACCGGUGGCUUGACAGAGGGAUACGAGAUGAAGGACGCUCCCGAGGGGCUGUUCGAGAUGAUCGAGAAAGGAUGCAACAACUACGCGAUGUUUGCGUGCAGCAUUGAGGCGGGAGCGGGGGAGAUGGAGCAGGUGACACCGCAGGGUCUGGUGAAGGGUCAUGCGUACUCCAUCACGAAAGCGCAAGCGGUUGAUAUCGAGACGCCACGGGUGAAGGGAAAGAUACAGCUGCUCCGGCUGCGCAAUCCGUGGGGCAACGAGAACGAAUGGAACGGGGCGUGGAGUGACAAGUCGCCCGAGUGGCGCUUCAUCAACGAGGACACGAAACGCUCGAUCGGGCUGACUUUCGAGGUGGAUGGGGAGUUUUGGAUGUCCUUUCCGGACUUUCGCAAGUGCUUCGAUCGGGUGGAGAUGUGCCACCUCAGCCCGGACUGUCCGAUCGCUCUGCAGGAGAGUCGGUUCGCGUGGAGGCAGUGCGCGUUCGAGGGAGAGUGGGUGCUGGGCAGUACGGCCGGUGGGUGCCGUAACUAUCCGGACACGUUCUGGCACAACCCACAGUACGUGAUCCGGCUCGAUGAUCCCGAUGCGGACGAUGAGGCGAAGCUGUGUACGCUGAUCGUGUCGUUGAUACAGAAGAAUCGACGCUCGAAGCGGAAUAAGGGCAUCACGUGUCUUACGAUCGGGUUCGCGAUCUACCGGGUGGAGCCGAGUGAUCUACAGCGGAAGCCACUGCCGAGAGAGUUCUUCACGUCGCAUCUGUCGGCGGCAAAGUCGACGUUUAUUAAUCUGCGCGAGGUUACGUGUCGGUUCCGGUUGCCGCCCGGAUCGUACGUGAUCAUACCGUCGACGUUUGAGCCGAACGAGGAGGGCGAGUUUAUGAUCCGGGUGUUCUCGGAGUGUGCGGCCAACAUGCAGGAGAACGAUAGUGCGAUCGGAGUUGGUACACCGACGGAUCCAUCACCAUCCAAACCUUCAGCUGGAGUUGGUCCACCAUCUAAACCUUCGCCGAAAGACGUAGACACGGGAGUUACUGACGCACAGCGUGCCACCAUGGAGCGGCUCUUCAUCGAAGUGGCCGGUGAGGACGGUGAGGUCGACUGGAUGGAGCUGAAGCUGGUGCUUGAUCGUUGCUUCCGCGAAGACAUCGUCAAAGCAUCCCGUGGCAUCUCCCGCACGUAUCAAAGCACCCGAACGACUCCACUGGAAAAGCAACAAUCUGUGGCCGGCACAGCUUCGGCCGCCAUCUCCCAGACGAGCCUGGAGCGAAGCCUGUGCGGGAUGUGGAGUACACUGCAGAACCUGUUCCGGGAUAUUGCCGGUGGAGACAACAGCCCGCCGGCAGCGGCGAACGGAGAGCGUCGCGAGCUGAUGAGGAGUGAAAAUGUCACCCAAGUGCAUGCGGAUCCAUCCAAUCCAGGCUUUUCGAAGGAUGCGUGCCGUUCAAUGGUGGCCAUGCUGGAUGAGGACGGCUCUGGUAAGCUGGGACUGGCCGAAUUCCAGAAGCUGCUGGCCGAUAUCGCCCGCUGGAAGGGUGUGUUCAAGCAGUACGAUAGCGAUCAGAGUGGCCGGAUCAGUCCGUUUGAGCUGCGGGCAGCGCUACAGUCGGCAGGCUACACGCUGAACAAUCACAUCAUCAACAUGCUGAUGCAUCGGUACGGUUCGAAGGAGGGUGAGAUAUGGUUCGACGACUUCAUUACCUGUGCCGUGAAGAUCCGGACCAUGUUCGACAUCUUCAGAGCGCGGGAUCUAAGCAACAGGAAUGAGGCUCGCUUCACGCUGGAGGAAUGGAUCACGAAAACGAUCUACUCGUAAAGUACGAAGGAAGUUUGUUAUCAAAUUAUAUGGACCAGUGGAAAAUGCGUGACAUAGUCACCUCAUUUCUCUUGCACAACUGUAAUCGUAAAUGUUUGCUGAAACUCUGUGUUCGGUGUAUUUGCAAGUACACAUUAAAGUUAGUGUUUUGAAUGUCGUCUCAAAGACGACGAUAAAUGUACGAUCAAAUCGAA